AAUAACGUGGAAUAAAAUACGAUAUAAGAAGCGUGAGAAGAAACAAAAGGACAGAAAAAUAACAAGGAAAGCUAAACCGAAUGAUGAUUGUUGCGUCUUACCAGAAUUGCCUACACUCCCUCAAAUGAAAUAAUUCUUGUACAGGGCACUCCACGCUUUCGGGAAGGCACUCCGAAGCUCUCGAAAUAAUAAAAUAUUCUCCACCUUACAGUCUUCUCUUAUUUGAUCUUCUCAUGGAAGACCGCGGGUUUGCAGAGCAGGAUUUGAGACCUGAGGAGCUUGUGGCGCUGCAAGUGCUGCUGAAAUUGAGCCGCCUUUGCGGCGGCCAUGGUGAUUCAUGGGGGCGCAAGCGGCGGCGCUCCGCAGCGGCGUAUUUUUCCUGCAAUUUCGAAGGAAAGCGCGCGGCCUCGCCGCCGGCAGCCAUGGCGGCGGAAGCGGCGGUUGGAGUAAAGCCUGGGCGGAGCAGCCCUACAACGCCGCUGCGACGGAGCGGCGACGAGAGGUUUUCCGCCACUGCGUCUCCCAGUAGCGACUGUGCAGCUGGUCCGCGUCCAUGUGACCUCAAUUUGGAGCCCAAUGUCAAAUCGAAGGUACAGGUACAGAGAAAAUUAGGAGUGCACAACCCCUCCAAUGGAAAAGGAUCGAAGAAAAAGACUUCUGCACAGCUGAAGGAGUUGCUUAUUGGACUUUCAUCAGAAAGGGAAGAGAUGGAAAAGGAAAAGAAGAAGUUAUUUAAUAGCUUUCAAUCGUUGACGGAUGAGAAUGAACUUUUGAAGCAGAAGUUAGCAUUGAAAUUGAGCAUAAAGAGGCAACGACAACUGGAUGUGUCAAUUGGACAUGAUGCAUUAGAAUCUUCUUUGUGUGGUUUUGGUGUACCAGAUUUAAACAUCCCUGCAGAAGAUGUGGAAGAUUUGUAUAAUGAUAUGCCCAUUUAUUUUGACAGUCAAGUAGCUAAUGUCACUAGUAAAGCCGUAGUUGCAGCCAAGGCAAGGAAAUAUAGAAUGGAAUGUCUUAGAUUGAAACAUUCCCAAUCUGUGAAAGCUCACCUGAGAUGGCACUGACAAUGACAAUGCUUUGACAUGUAUUGAAGAAAACUAACAAGCAUUAUCGGUGUUGGGCAAAAAUCAGUAAUUGUAAAUAUGCUCUCUUCACCAUUGAAGGUAGUUUGUUAGAGCUCAAUUUUUGCUUCUUAGAAUAUGCAAAUUUAGUUCAUUUCCUCUUAAGGAAUCCACUGUAAGAAGAACGAGCGUUGAGAAUGUAGAUGAAUAAUCAAAUCAUUUAUGCUGGCCUGCUAAGCAAUGGUGAAUAUUGAAUGUGUAUUUCUUUCUACUCA